UCGCGGAAGUGUGUUCAGGCCAGCAACGCUCAAAACGAAGCUAAUCUGAAUGGUUCAUCAGACUAUCGAAGCACCUGGGAUGUAAUCUUCAGCUGCAUCGCGACGGUCUUCGCUUGCACCUGGGUCGCCGUGCAUCCAAACGUCCCAGGUCCCGAUCUCAAAUCUCGCGGAUGGGCUUUCAUCGGGCUCCACCGACUGAAGCUCAUGCUCAUAGCUAUCACCGUUCCCGAAGUUAUAAUCAUAUGGGCCUUCCGUCAAUGGAUGGUUGCGACAAUAAUAUCUAAAUACUUCAGCUUGUCAAUGACACAUGGAUUUUUUAUAAGCAUGGGAGGAUUCAUUGGUGCUGGCGGAACCCCCAUAAAAAUCACAGAUCUGCUGCAGCUAGACGGUCUGGCACUCUUUCAAAAAUCAUUUUCGGUCCGACCCGAAUUAGACAUGUCGUCGAUAUCCGGCGUCACCGAGGAAGAGUUGCAGGAUCGUAGUAAAGGAGAUGCACUGUCGAAGCUCGUUGCUAUUGUUCAGACGACCUGGUUCGUCGUCCAGUAUCUAGCUCGGCUCAAAGAAUCCCUUCCCAUCACCCAACUGGAAACCGCGACUCUUGCUUUCGCGGUCUUGAACAUCCUCAACUACGUCUUGUGGUGGCACAAACCACUCGAUGUACGUUGCCCAAUCAAUACCUGCUCAAUUCUUGAGCAGAGAGAGUUUUACGAAAGUGUAGAUACUAUGACCUUCGCGAGUCAUAGCUCAACGUUCUCUUCCAACGUAACAGACAUUGGGCUCUCUAGAGCUUUAUUUCUCAAUAGAACACCACAUGCCAGAGAGCCGCCACACGGCUCCUUGUUGUCCGGCUCGCCUCACCAUCCUCAACCCACCAGUCUCAGGCAUCGUUACUCAGAUCUCCAACGGUUCCCAUACUUUGAUUACACCUACACCGACGCACGCCAAUGGCUUUCUUACGCCACAUACAGAGGAUUUACCACGGAAGCCUUCCAAUCCACACUCCGGUGGUAUCGCCGGACCAUGGGAAGGAUAUUGUUUGGACGAGGAUGGAGUAAUGCCUACGGCGGUGUACCGACUCUUUGGGCUGGUACACUGGAUUAUGAAAGGACAUGGUACAUCGGAUACUUUGGUGCCGCUGUCGGAGCCCUCUUCGGCGGAAUUCACUGUAUCGCCUGGUCAUUCGCCUUCGCUUCUGUUGCAGAACGCGUUCUUUGGCGUAUAUCGUCACUUGUUAUGGCAGCCGUCCCGGUUGUCUUGGCGAUGCAGCUUGCGUUCAUCAGAAUACUGCCCAACCGCAAGGUUGUACGAGCAAUCCAAGCGGCUACGCCUAUCCUGAUACUCUUGUAUCUCCUCGCAAGGAUGAUUUUAUUGGUAGAAGCUUUUCUUUCCCUCAGAUUCCUCCAACCGGGUGUUUUGGAGGAGGUUAGCUGGACGAAGGUUAUUCCUCAUCUAUAAUCCUAUCAAAGAACCUUCUGAGAGUGUUUCGCACGGCACACAUCUAUUUUGACCCUCAAUAGUGGGUGUCCAUUCUCCCCAUCAUUGUGACCCUGUCCUUG